AAACCACUUGUCCUUUCUGCUGUGAGCAACAUAGUGCUUCUUUUUUUUGCUACCCUCCCAAGUUACCAUCAUUCCUCUUUCUUGUUUUUGUUUUCGUUUUUUAACCAAAAAGUUUCAAACACACUGCAAGUGGGUCUUCCCUCUUUUUUUUUUUUUUUUCUUCACACUUAUUUUUGAAACUCAUUGCUUCCAAACCAGAGAAGAAAAAAAAAAUGAAUACUUUGAGCUCCCUCUACAUGUUUCGAUCCAACCCAUUAUUCAUAAAUGACAUUCUGGUUAUAAAGCCUCAGAAGAAAUCACCACUGUUGUUAAGGAUGUCGGUGUUGAUCUUCUCAAUGGUGUGUGGUGUUUUCAUUUGUUCCGUGUGUCUAAAGCAGAUAAGCACUCAUGCAAGGACUAUGCUUAUGGAGUUGCAAAUUGAGAAGCCUUCUCGGAGUAGUAGUAGUAGAUUGAACCUAAAAAAUGAUGUUCCUUUGUUACAUUACCCCAAGCCUGUGUCUUUCAACAGGAGUGAGUGUGCUGGUAACCCUGUGCGGUUCUUUGCCAUUUUGUCGAAUCAGAGAUCUGGCAGUGGGUGGUUUGAGACCCUUUUGAAUAGCCAUAUUAAUGUGAGCUCCAAUGGGGAGAUUUUUUCAGUUAGAGAAAGAAGAGUAAAUGUUUCUACCAUUGUACAGACUUUGGACAAAGUUUACAACCUGGACUGGCUCAGCAGUGCUUCCAAGAAUGAAUGCUCAGCUGCAAUUGGAUUUAAGUGGAUGCUUAAUCAGGGGCUAAUGGAGCACCCUAAGGAAAUAGCAGAUUACUUCAACAGUAGAAGUGUUUCUGUCAUAUUUCUUUUCCGAAGAAACUUAUUACGGAGAAUGGUAUCAAUGCUUGCCAACUCUUAUGAUCGUUAUGCUAAGCUAUUGAGUGGAACUCAUAAGUCUCAUGUUCAUUCUACAGAAGAGGCUGAUACUCUUUCAAAGUACAAGCCUACCAUUAAUUCUACAUCAUUGCUGGCUGAUUUGAAGGAUAUAGAAAUGAGAACUGCAAAGGUGUUGGAAUACUUCAACACCACUCGGCAUAUGAUCCUGUACUAUGAGGAUCUUAUGCGAAAUUGUACUAAGCUAAAAGAUGUGCAAGAGUUUUUAGGAUUGCCACAGAUGGAAUUAACAAGCCGUCAGGUUAAGAUACACAGAGGACCAUUGUCAGAUCACAUUAAAAAUUGGGAUGAUGUGAACAGGACACUAACAGGAACUGUUUAUGAGAGUUUCCUCCACGCCGAUUAUUCAUCUUAACCUCUAACUCCUGGAAAGGUGUAAAUAUCAACACUGAUUUUGUCCCGGGAAAUAGUUUGAAGUUUUGGUGCUGGUUGCGGUAAGAACACUGUCUCUGCAUUCCGAUAUUUCUUUUCACUCCAUUGAUGAGAUGUAUGUUUCUUUGUAAUCUUUUUAUUUUUGUGCAUUCUUGAAUGACUUUGUAUAUUCCCAGCUAAUUUAUUAGUAAAGAUGAGCAUUGGUUUUAUUCAAA